AUGGCUACCACCGGAAAAAGAAUUGCCUUCACUGGCGGGUCUGGAAAGGCUGGCCGACACUGUAUCCCAUAUCUUCUGGAGAAAGGACACCAAGUGUUGAAUCUCGAUUUGGUGGACUUUCCAAAGGAUCAUAUUCCGGCCGGUAAAAAUGUCUAUACCAUGAAGACCGACCUCACCGAUAGCGGGCAAGUCUUCAACGCCCUGUCAUCGCUGUUCUCAAUGGACGAGUACGCGUUACCAAAACAUCCCGGUCCACCCGACGCCGUCAUCCAUUUUGCUGCGUAUGCCCGCAAUAUGAUUGUACCGGACAGCGAGACGUUCCGUGGCAAUGUCAUGAGCACGUACAAUGUCAUCGAAGCAGCUGCCAAAUUGGGAGUGAAGAAAAUCGUCAUCGCCAGCAGUGAGACGACGUACGGUGUUUGUUUCACACAAGGUGACGACGACUACUUGAAAUUCCCGCUCGAAGAGGACAACUACGACCGGAACCCGGAGGACACAUACGCCUGCAGCAAGUUGGCUGGCGAAAGAAUUGCCCGCGCAUUUGCGCGCCGUUUCAACAUUGAUAUCUAUGCCCUGAUUGUCGGCAACGUCAUCGAACCACAGGAUUACGAGCAGAACUUUCCACAAUUCGUUGGCAUGCCCGAAACGAGGAAGAGGAACGCCUGGAGCUACAUCGAUGCACGAGACCUUGGUCAGAUUUGCGACCUUUGCGUCGCCAAAGACGGCUUGGGCUUCCAGGUGUUUAAUGCGACAAAUGACACCAUUACCACUACAACGCCGACAGAAGAAUAUCUGAAGAAGACCUGCCCGAACACACCGAUCACGAGAAAGAUGGGUGAAUGGGAGGCACCCUUGUCCAACAAGAAGAUUCGAGACGUCCUGGGAUACAAGGAUGUUCACGAUUGGAGGAAAUACUAUACUCACAAGGAAUAA